AUGGGGAAUGAGGAUUUGAAGAACCCCGAACCGCAAAAAAUUUCGGUCGAACGAGGGAAUAAUCUCCCCAACUUUCUUCUUUCUGUUAGGCUUAAAUAUGUGAAACUUGGUUUUUAUUACUUAAUCUCAAAUGCUGUGUACUUACUUUUAGUUCCACUUUUAGGGGCUGUUUCAGUUCAACUUUCUACUGUUACUGUGGAAGAUUUAGUCCUUUUAAGGAACCAAUUGAAAUUCAAUCUUGUUUCUGUGAUUUUGUGUUCUUCUUUCAUGGUGUUCUUGGGGACACUUCAUUUUAUGAGUAGGCCUAGGAAGGUUUACUUAGUUGAUUUCGCAUGUUAUAAGCCGGAACCCGAGUUUAUGUGCAGUAAAGAAGUUUUUAUGGAGAGAUCAAAACUUGCAGGGACUUUUACAGAUGAAAAUUUGGCCUUUCAGAAGAAAAUCUUGGAGAGGUCAGGUUUGGGGCAAAAGACGUAUUUCCCCGAAGCGCUUUUGCGAGUUCCAGCUAAUCCUUGUAUGGCUGAGGCUAGGAAGGAAGCUGAAAUGGUUAUGUUUGGUGCCAUUGAUGAUUUGUUGGCGAAAACUGGGGUUAAGGCUAAGGAUAUUGGGAUACUUGUGGUGAAUUGUAGUUUGUUUAAUCCAACACCAUCACUUUCUGCUAUGAUUGUUAAUCAUUACAAGCUUAGAGGCAAUAUUUUGAGCUAUAAUCUCGGUGGUAUGGGGUGCAGUGCUGGACUAAUAUCGAUCGAUCUUGCUAAACAAAUUUUACAGGUGAAUCCCAAUUCCAAUGCUCUUGUAGUGACCAUGGAGAACAUAACACUGAAUUGGUAUUGGGGCAACAACCGAUCAAUGCUCGUGUCGAAUUGCAUUUUCCGGAUGGGCGGAGCAGCGAUCCUACUAUCAAACAAGUCGUCUGAUCGUAGACGAGCAAAGUACCAACUAAUCCACACUGUUCGUACACACAAAGGAGCCGAUGAUAAGAGUUAUGGUUGUGUGUUUCAAGAAGAAGACAACUCAAAAGAAAUUGGUGUAGCAUUGUCUAAAAACCUAAUGGCCGUUGCUGGAGAGGCCUUGAAAAUUAAUAAUUCAACUUUAGGGCCAUUAGUCCUUCCCAUGUCUGAACAAUUAUUGUUCUUUCUUACUCUUGUGGCAAAAAAGGUUUUCAAGAUGAAAAUUAUGCCAUAUAUACCGGAUUUUAAGCUCGCGUUCGAGCAUUUCUGCAUUCACGCAGGAGGAAGAGCGGUAUUGGACGAACUUGAGAAGAAUCUCGAGCUUACUGAAUGGCAUAUAGAGCCAUCAAGAAUGACACUUUAUAGGUUUGGUAACACUUCUAGUAGUUCAUUGUGGUAUGAAUUGGCCUAUACUGAGGCUAAGGGGAGGAUUAAAAAGGGUGACAAAACAUGGCAAAUUGCCUUUGGAUCAGGUUUUAAAUGUAAUAGUGCUGUGUGGAAAGCACUGAGGAUUAUCAAUGCAGCCAAGGAGAAGAAUCCAUGGAUGGAUGAGAUUAAUGAUUUUCCAGUUGAAAGUCACAGAAACCACCGAAGAAGCGAGAAACAAAAAAUUAUAGAAUCCUGUAGUUCAAAUACACUUCUGCCGACAUCUUUUCCCGCAAAUACUAUCACAAGAGUGCAAGAGGUUUGGUCUUCAGAGCGCAAGAGGUUUAGAGUACCUCUGGGAAGUUUGACAAGUUCCUGUUGGUGA